UUUCACUUCACCAAGAGUUAGAGAAUGUGACCCUGGUUGUGAAAACCCAGCUAAUGUCAUUUUUAUUAUUUGUGAUUUAAUGUUUACUACAUAAAAUCAUCCUUAGUAAGGUAAAGAACAUUCUGGGACAAUGUAACCUUUAUAUCUAAGGCCAUGUCAGAUUAAAAUCAUAGUGAAAUUAAUGGUUGAAAUCAAACUUUGAUGGUUGUUCUCUCAUAAUUAGAUUUUGAGACUUUAGCCUGGAUUUCACAGAGAGGGUCACAUGUACAUUAUUUUAUGACAGGUAAACAUAUGACAAGGUGUUUAAAGUUCAAAGCCAAAACAGCUUUUGUUACUUAACCAGAAAAUCGCUAAAAAAAACAUACCAUAUACCAUAGUGUUGAGUUGGACUGGGAUACAAUUGUAUAUUUUUGAAUAUAUGCGUCCCUCUUGUGAAUUCUGGUUUGUGUAAAUAUCGAGUUAGCAUACACUAAAUAAAAACAAACAAUCAUGAAAAGCCCUUAUCCUAUUUCUAUGACAAACCGGUUCGCUGAGCCCUCUCGUGGCCAAUUACGUCACUGCAUGCGCUUUCAUCCCUGACUCGACCAAUGAGCGCAGCGCCUCGGAAGCCCUUCUCUUCCUGAUGGCAUGGAAACAGUGGAAGAAAAAUCGAGGUCAAAAUAUUGUGACACGUGACUCGGUAGCGAUUGGUUAUCGAUGCGUCAAGACCCUGACACAUGGCACGGGCAUAUGCGACCAAAGUGGCGUGAUAAAGGAUCAUCUUUAUGGCAGAAAACCCGACGUGCUUUUUGGUUGUCUGUGUCUGUAACCCAUGACUAGAUGUAAACGAAAUCACUUCGUUACUGUCGCUCAGUGAAUAGAUGAAUUAGGCGUUUAUGUGGGUAGAUGAUGGGUAACGCCAGUACUGACGUAAUCUGUAGAGAAACGCUGAUCUAGGAGAGAGUGAGUGCUCCCCCGCAACAACCCCAUCCAAGAAUGAAGGAAUCCUCUGCACUUCUUUCUCACCGCGCAAAACGUGUUUUCACGCGCUCGGGGCUGCAAAUACACUUCGCUAAGCGGAUAUCACGCUGAAUGUGGCGUUGAAAUGUUUGUCUUUAGAUGCACUAUUCAUUAGCUGUUUGUGCGCAUUCUUGGCCAUAUUGACUUGACCUGAACUAGUUAAAAUUUCCCAAUUGGAAAGAGCGAAGUCUGCACAGCAACAAGAGCCAUGAUUGCGUUGCACACUGCCUAGCAUCUAGUGCGCUUCUGGUCCAAUUGCUGAUGCUUUCCGCCUGCAAAAUCUGCCACAACCGUAGUAAUACCUUGACAACCGGACCCGGGCGAACCGAGAAACAUUUUUGACAACUCGACGGCGGGGAAUAUUUUUUCUAAAUCAAUGCCUUGAAGUUUUUUGGACAGGUCCUCGGAUAUCCCUGCACGAAAAUUCUCACGCAGCAAUUAAAAAUGAAGUACUGGUGCGCUCAGGAGUCUUCAUCAUCAGGCAAUCUGACCUACUAUAUUUGGAUACGAUGGAGCUCUUGGAGGAGGACCUCACAUGCCCAAUAUGCUGCUGUCUUUUCGAGGAUCCGCGCGUUCUGCCGUGCUCUCACAGCUUCUGCAAGAAAUGUCUGGAGGGCCUCCUGGACGGUAACCGGAGCCCUGCUUGGAGACCACCGUUCAAAUGUCCGACCUGUCGAAAGGAGACCGUGCACACCGGCAUCGCGAGCUUGCAAGUCAAUUACUCCCUGCGUGGCAUCGUGGAGAAGUACAACAGGAUUCGAGUGAUGCCGACGAUGUCUCUCUGCCGAGUUCACAGCGGACAGCCGCUCAACAUCUUCUGCGCCACGGACCUGAAGCUCAUCUGUGGCUUUUGCGCCACGACAGGCGAUCAUAAGGGACACAAGUUUUGUGCGCUGGAGGAGGCGUACGAACGCGAGAAGCUCGCGUUUGAGGAGUUGUAUCGUUUCGUGGAGGGUUGGAGGGGCGCGGAGGUGCAUUCGUGCCUGGAAUCGUUAGAAGGAGCGAAGAGGAAAGCGCUCGAGAGGGUCUCGCGGGACGCGGAUCGAGUCUCAGAGUACUUUGACAAACUUUUACGCACGCUGGAGCACAGACGGAGCGAGAUCCUUUCGGACUUGGAGACUCUGAAGCUCGCGGUCAUGCAGACCUUUGACCCUGAGAUCAACCAGCUCCGCUCGGCGCUGGAGGAGCAGCAGCACGCGCUCAGCAUCGCCGAAUCCUUCCGUUCGCUCUCGGACCCGCUCACUUUCCUCCAGCAGAUGCAGGACUUCAGAGAAAAGCUGCGCGUCAUUCGGGGAACGCCGCUGCCGUCGCGGACUGACGUGGACGUGGGGUUGGUUGGCCUGCAGAGCUUCGAUGUGAAGGAAUGGGACCGGGUGCGUCUUGGAGAGGUGGACAAGUUGUGCGCCCCCUACGAGAGCAGCACCUACCUGGCUCCGCUGCUCCCUGCUGCCGCUCCGCGCUACUCCCGCGUGCUGUGGAGAGUUGUUCUGGUUGUAUGUGCGUGUCUCCCAGCGCUGAACUUUCUCCCGUCGGACUGUCUCGCUCUGAGCAUCCAGGAUAAGGUGGUCGCACUCAGUGGCUUUUCUCUGCCCUGUCCUGGAGAGAUGCUGCGCUGGCUUGGGUCCUGCUGGAAAGCAGCGGAAGCGAUCUGCACGCUACUAACCGAGCUGUGUCGGAACUGUAUCUUGGACCUGAUAAACACAACAUCAGAUUUCCUCAGCUGAUUUUAUAACUCCAUUCAUUAGGUCCCAGGAAUUGAUGCUGCAGCACAUCACGGCCUGCAUCUGUAUCACCACAAACCAUUCUGUGCUGCUACACCAUCACCUAGAGAGGGUCCCUCUCUCUCAAUCACACACUCACACUCUCGGCAACAUGACCAAGC